AUGAUUCAAUUUAUUUUGUUAUUCAGUCGACAAGGUAAACUUCGUCUUCAAAAAUGGUAUACAUCACAAACAGAAAAAUCAAAGAAAAAAAUAACACGUGAAUUAAUUGCAACAGUUCUUUCACGUAAACCAAAAAUGUCAAGUUUUCUAGAAUGGAAAGAUCUGAAAAUAGUUUAUAAACGAUAUGCUAGUCUUUAUUUUUGUUGUGCCAUUGAACAAGAAGAUAAUGAAUUAUUAACACUUGAAACAAUUCAUCGUUAUGUCGAAUUACUUGAUAAAUAUUUUGGUAGUGUCUGUGAACUUGAUAUUAUAUUCAAUUUUGAAAAAGCUUAUUUCAUCUUUGAUGAAUUUAUAUUGGGUGGUGAAAUUCAAGAAACAAGUAAAAAAAGUGUACUCAAAGCAAUAAAUGAUCAAGAUGUUAUUCAAGAGGAAGAACUUGAAGAAAAACGCAGUGUUCUUGAAGAUCUUGGUUUGGCUUAA